UCUUGCAGUCUGAUGACUCUUGUGAUUCGAUCAUGCAUGGUCAUGCAAUGUGACAGUCGCGAUGGCUGGGGACGGGCGGCUGCUGCGCUUCAACGGAUCCCAUCUCGAAUCCCACACGCCACGAAAAACUAGCCUUCUGCGCAAGACCUGAAUCCACGUGUGAAGGAGACCCGCGAUUUAAAUUGUCGAACAGGUACAGCCGAAGGUAGAGCCGAAGAGGGAGGUAGGCCUACUUUAAAAUACACUAGAGUACAUGCGACCUAUCCAGGGCACUUUGUUGUGCAAAUUGCAGGCUAGGUAAUUUAAGUAAUACGAUACCAUGAAAAGUGUUCUUCUUUUUUAGAUAAUUGUACUUUAUGUUAGCCAACAUUACCAUUAUGUUUACUAGUACUUGCUGAGAACUUUGCUGUCUGCUAUAAUAUGCAAAUGAAUUUAAAAAAUGGAAAAAAAGAGAUAUUUAACAUAUAGUAAUGUUUAAUGUUUGAACCCCAAACCUGGAAUUGUGAGACAAUAGUACUAGCCACUGUUUUGUCCACAGCUCUCUAAAUUAUAUAAAAUUAUAAUAAGUAUAAUGAUUGCAUAUAGUACUGACAUAUACAUUUCAUAAUUAUAUUAUAAUAAUAUAUUAUAAUGAUAUUAUAUAAUAUGAUAUUGUAACAGUAAAUUGGAAUUCAUUAAUAAUGUGAUAUCCAUCCACAGCUGAUACCCACCUGCCCUGUGCAGAUUUGUAGGGGUCCUGAGCUUGUUCCAGAAGCCAGAAAGGCAAUAACAUAUUACACAUCUAGUGAAAGUGAUUAAUUGUAGAUUCACCGCAGUGUGCCACUACAAAAUGCAUCCACUGCAUUAAACCUUAUGUGACAUAGCAUUGGGUAGCUAUUGUUUAUCGCCCAAGGAGCAGUACCUUACACAGGGUACCUUAUUGGUAUCUUGCUAGUCGGGGAUUCAAACAAGCAACCUUUCAAUCACAAGGGCACUUUCCUAACCAUUGGGCCACCUAGCCAAGUUAUCAGCAGCCUAUAACCUGUUGCUGUGACUUAAGAAAUAAAUGCGCAUAAUCGUAUAAUGUGAUGGACAUUGAGGGUGGUCCUGUGCUUUGUGUCUGGAAUAGCCCCCCCCACAGACAUGUUCUGAAAGUAGUUGAAAGAUGGAGGGAAGGAGUGCCCCCCCCCCAAAUCCAAACACACUUCAUCACCUGCUUCAGUCCCUCUCUCACGCUACACCACACUUUCUUCUCAGGGCACAAACAGGGCACAGAUCACACAGGAUGGGGGACUGGAGCUCCCUGGGACGACUGCUGGAAAAUGCGCAGGAGCACUCAACUGUGGUCGGCAAGGUCUGGCUCACCGUGCUGUUCAUCUUCCGCAUUCUUGUGCUUGGGGCAGCUGCGGAGGAGGUCUGGGGCGACGAGCAAUCCGACUUCAGCUGCAACACGCAGCAGCCCGGCUGUGAGAACGUCUGCUACGACGAAGCCUUCCCCAUCUCGCACAUUCGAUUUUGGGUGUUACAGAUCAUCUUCAUCUCCACGCCCACUCUUAUUUACCUGGGCCAUGUGCUCCACAUCAUCCACAUGGAGGAGAAGCAGAAGGAGGAGGAGCUGCGCAAGGCAGGACACCUUCAGGAGGCCGACGAGCUCCUCUAUAAAAUUGGAGAAAGCUCAUGGAGGGAUGAUGGUGGAAAGGGCAGGAAGGAGAAGCUGCCCAUUCGAGAUGAACAUGGCAAGGUCCGCAUUCGUGGGGCUCUGCUGCGUACUUAUGUGUUCAACAUUAUCUUCAAGACGGUAUUUGAGGUUGGUUUCAUCCUGGGCCAAUACUUUCUCUAUGGCUUUCGGCUGAGGCCGCUGUAUAAGUGUUCCCGUUGGCCCUGUCCCAACACCGUGGACUGCUUCAUCUCCCGGCCCACAGAGAAGACCAUCUUCAUCAUCUUCAUGCUUGGGGUAGCCUGUGCCUCACUACUGUUGAACCUGCUAGAGAUCUACCAUCUAGGCUGGAAGAAGCUCAAGCAGGGCAUGAACAACGAGCUCCCAGCUCAGCGUGAGUCCCCGCUCCUUACAGGCAUGGAUGAAGAGAUACUGGCCUCCCCCAAGCCCACAGCAGGCAUGGAUGCCCAGACCCUUGGCUACCUGCCUAAUUACAGGGAUGCAGCGGUGGUGAGUGGGGGUGCUUCUUUCCUACCUGUGGGUAAGUAUAAGAUGGAUCCCCUCCUGGAGGAAAUACGGGACCCCCCCUCGACGGUCUACCUGGGCAGCAGGGGAUCUCACUGGGCAGCAGUCAAAAAUAAAAGUAACAACAACAACCAGGCCUCCAAUCAUAACUGGGUUAAUGUGGCUGUUGAGCAGCAGACUGCAGAGAGUAAGGUCAUGUCAGUUUCAUCUUCCUCCUCCGCUGCCACCUCACCCUCUUCCGCUGACAGCAGCAGACACGAUGGCCAGAAGUUGUGGCCGGCCAAGAAUGCAGAUUCAUUGACACCUGCCGGCUUGAGCCAGGGGAGUGCAGGCGACCUUGCGGGAGGCCCAGCCCAGGGCCACUUUACCACCAUCGCUGAGAUGCACAAGCCGCCACCCCCAGGUGUCACGGACAUGCGGUGCCUCAACAAGGCCGCCCACGCCGGGGCCCGGUCAGAUGACCUGUCUGUCUAGCCCGGACAGCUGUCUCUGCCCAUCCCACUUUUAUAUAAAAAGUGGAAAUGAUGAAUGAAAAAUAGCAUAAAGCAGGGCACUGGAGGGUACAAAUCUCACAACAUAAAUCUGUAAACAGCAGCAUUGCAUUGUGGUUGGUGGAUUGUAGUAUCUUGUGAACAGGUCCAUCUGUGGAGUUGUGGUGCUUAUGCAAAUGUUACCUGAGGACCGGUUGAAUAGCAGGAAGAUAGAGAUGUAGGGGACAACCUCAACAGCAUUUCCAGAUUUGUCAGGAAAUUUGUGCAGAAAUAUGUAUUUCCCUUUCUUUUAUUAAUUUAUUUUAUUUCAUUUUCUGGAAAAGCAUUCUGAGCACUAGGUUGUUUUUGGGCUGGUAAGUCUCAGUGAAACCUCUUCUGUUAAUUUACCUGUUAACUGUUUCAGUUAUUCAUCCUGAAAAUUCAAUUUGCCUCUGAAGAAGUGGGAGUUUAGUUUGACUGGUCAUUUUCUGAGAAUUUUAGAAAACACUGGACAGCCUUUGCUGUCCAGCUCCCCUCAGUAAAUGAUGGGUUUGGCCUUCCUAAACAGGGGCCAGCUGUUGGACCUUACAACUCCACCGCACAGGGUCAUAAGAUCAGAUUUACCUUAAUGGUAAAUUUAAGAAUCUCCUGUUCCUUGAGCUGCAAGAAAUAUAUAUGAAACAUGCUCUGCAUGUUCAUAAAGGAAUACUGCCAUUUAUGACAUUGCGUUAGAGGAACAGGUAGCCCGGUUUGCAAUUUUUUUAUUGCUGAAAUGUUUUGCUGAAGCUGGGGUGGUGUAGUGGUUAUAGCACUGUUGCCUCACACCUCUGGGACCAGAAUUCAAGUCUCUACCAUGGCUCUUUCUGUGUGCAGUUUGCAUGUUCUCCCAUGUGUUGUCGUGGGCUUUUCUCUGCAUACCCUGGUUCCCCCCUGCCACAAACUCCCAAAACAUGCUGAGGUCAAUCAGAGUUACCUCAUUGCUGGUGAGAGUGUCUCUGUGACGGGUUGGUGUCCCAUCCUGGGUGGUUCCCUGCCUUGCACCCAUAGACUCCAGAUUCCCCCACACCCCUGAGUAGGACAAGCAGUUACAGGAAAUGGAUAUUUCAGUGAAAUUACUUUUUAUCUUUUUUAUUUUUUAAGUUGAUUCAUCUCUUAUUUUUAUCUAUCUAUCAGUACAAAUUGUGAUUUUGUCCACUAUAUUAAUGGACAUUAAUGGACACGCAGAUAUAUUACUAUCUGUGUGGACUUGCAGUAGCUCAGCCGCUUGUAUAAGGAAGGAUGCCUUUUACGUCAGUGUUUGAUGAUGCAGGUGAUACCUGUUCAGGUGAAACUACAAGUCAUUGCUUUGGCAACAAUUUGAGUGCAUUUCACCGUUUUGGUUUUACAUCUGGUAUCAGCUGCUCAGACAAAUGUUCCUGUGAGCAAUGGAGCAGUUUGUUAAUUAGUUUAUUAAUUGAAAAUGAGGCUGAUGGAAAAUUGAUCAGUUGUUCACUCAAGUUGUGCUGUUUACACACCUGUAAACAUGUCAGCAUGCAAGUUCACAUCCUCCCACAUAUUCAUAACACAGACAUGUAUAUCAUCGUAUAGAGCAAAACGUGAAUACAGCUGCAGUGCAAUUCUGAAAAGAAAGUGAAAUCCAAACAUUGAAUCUGCUCUGUUUAUGCAAGAAAAUCACCGAGCAUAAAAUAUUUGUAACUCCAGACCCUGCAGUUAAUAUGACUUUUCAAUUAACCAUUGAAAAGUGGCUUUGACAGUACAAACUUCAGGCUAAGUUGCAGACUUCAUCUGCUGAAGUUAAAUAAUAAAAUAAAAUAGAUCAGAUAAUUUGAUCAUUUCAAAUGAAACACAAACCCUUAAGACUGAGAGCACUGUUAUUUUUAAUCUAACCACUGUCAAUAGAGCUAUUAAUUUUUAAUCCCUCUUUAAGUAAGGAGAAUCUUGUGGAUAGAUUAGUAGCCUACAAGUAGAUUAAUAGUAUAUGUGAUAAUUCAAUUGCUAUUGGUUUAUAGUGUCAACAGAAGUGGGGUCUAUCAACCAGAAUCAAUAUCUAGCAAAGCUUUUGUGUGUUUCUAUGUUUAAUACACUCCCAAAGCAGUGAUCUAAAUUAUGGAUUCACUUUUCUGGGGGGGGGAGGGGGUAUGAAAAAAGUGGUAGGUAUUUUCUCUUUUACCCAUCAUGAACUUUGCCUUUGUUUUCUAUCCAGAGUUCACUUCUUAACAAAUGCCAAUUUUUAAAGGUGCUAAAUGAGGUGGCCUGCCAAUGUAUGACAUGUUCUUUUUGUCAUUUUCUCAUGCCUGGUUUUAGGUACAUUGCACAUUAUUCAGUGGUGUCUGAAUAUUACUUAAAUAGAAAUAUAUGCAACGCCAAACAAGAACUAAUCAGUUUAAGCUACUGUACUAUGCAGAGGCAGAUGGGAGAAUAUACCGUGAUUCUCUCAAGACUUGGUCACUUUUAUCGUUGCGAAACAAUGAAUAUUUUUUUCCUUUCAGAUGUACGUGCACUUUCAUUUUCACACAUUUCAAUGUAUAAAAACAAGAAAGUGUGGUAUUAUGUCCUCUGAUUUCAAAAGUUUACAUUUUAGUAUUUAGGUAAAGAUUUGCACAUUUAGACAAACAUGCUGUUUUAUGAAAUUCAUAUUGUUAGGGAUGGACGAGAUUCUGCAAUGUUUAUGACUCUUUAAAAGAGAAUGUCUUAAUAGCAGACACAAUGGUUCUUAGAAUUAAGGACAGUAUUAAAAUAACUAUAUAUUGAAUGUGAUUUAAAAUUAUGCUGAUAAUUUAAGUUGCUUAUUUGUUGAGUAUUGGACUCUUAAUAUUGUCUGAAAUGACUGCAGAAAGUGUGAAUUUUAACAAUGGAAUAAUGACCAAGAGACUCUUCCUGGUUGCUCAAUGCAUUAAUAAGAAGCUCCUCUAAUACAUUUGCAACAUUACAAUAAUGUUACUGUGUCCUUACGACAUCAAACAAACACUGAAAGAAUUAGGUGGUACGUAAACUCCCCACAGCCCACUUCGCUCACACAAACAUCUCAGCUUUUUUUAUUUACAGGAGUCUUCUCCAGUCGACAAUCCUCACCCGUGCACAUGCAGUCAUAUAGGUGACAAGGUCUAAGAAUAGCAACUCACCCACCCUAGGAUAAGGAUGGUCUGCUUUUGACUUUGAAUUUCUCGUACAGAAUGAGAUUCCUCUGGCCAGUCAGGGAGUGGCAAUCACCUACAUCUGCCAACAAUGGCAGCCUCUGUAAAUGCUGUCUCAAAAGAAGUGCCUUCUGUAUGAAUUUUUGUAAGAACAAGUUGACAUAAAUGUUCAUUUACCUCAAAUGUUUACAAACCUCUUACUAAAUAAACUUUUUGUACCAUA